UGUGAAUCUUCUACUGCGUAGAGCGUCCGAGAUUUUCGAAAUAUUUUUGAACGUAUGAAAGCUCCCGAAAACAUUAGGAGAGCGAGCAGUGGAAUUGUGCCUACGGGACUAACCUUAGGUACAUUGUGCCGUUUUCCAUGCCCACCGCGAGCUCCCUCAAACUCCAUCCCACUCUCGACCCGACACGCAUUCUUCACAAAAGGACAUGAUUCGCACAACGAUGCCACCCUUUGAGUCUUAUAUGCCAUUGGUGAUCCAAAUUGAGCACGAUGGCGGCGUAUCGAGGACUGAGAAUCAAUGGCGACCGUCUGAACAACACACUACAAUCGACCAGCACAUCAUGGGGUGCACUCGCAGCCUCAACCGGCAUGCGAAGGUUAGCAUUAAGCCCGGAAGACAAGGAGGUUCGAGAUUGGCUCGUGCAGCAGUGUAAAGAGCUGGGUUGUGAUGUGAGGGUUGAUCGCAUGGGAAAUAUCUUUGCAACGCGUCCUGGGAGCUCUACGGAAAGGAAACCAAUCGCCAUGGGAAGCCAUUUGGACACUCAGCCAGCAGGGGGUCGAUACGACGGCAUAUUAGGCGUGAUUGCAGCGUUGGAGGUUCUCCGGACCCUACAUGAGAAUAAUAUACAAACACACUGUCCGAUCAGCCUCAUAGACUGGACGAACGAAGAAGGGGCACGAUUCCCUGGGGCAAUGAUGUGUUCAGGAGUCUGGUCCACAAAAUCCACAACUAGUCUCGAAGCAUGCUAUGCGGUCAAGGACACAGAUGGCCUAUCGAUGAAGAAAGCGCUUGAAGAUAUUGGCUACCUGGGAGAUACACCCUGCGAUUAUCGAGAGAAUGGCCUCGAAUGCUACUUCGAACUACACAUUGAGCAAGGUCCAAAGCUGGAAGCAACGGGCAAUAAAGUCGGCGUUGUGACAGCCGUACAAGCCAUGAAGUGGUUUGCUGUGCGAGUCUCAGGUGUUGAAGGUCAUUCUGGGACUACUCCAAUGGAUAUGAGAUCUGAUGCGCUGGUCACAGCAUCCCGGCUUAUAGCUAGUGUGAGUGAUAUAGCUAGAACUACGGGUUUGGGCGUUUCCACGGUUGGAGUAAUCUCCAAUGACACCCAAAGUCAAGCUACGAUUCCAAGUGGAGUUGAAUUCAUUAUCGAUGUACGCUGCUCUACGGACAGAAUGGUCCAGGAUCUCUGCUCUGCAAUCUUCAAAAGUUUUGAUGAGAUUGUGCAGCGGGAGAACAACUACACGAGUUACCAUGUCUUUCGAACGUGGGGCUUGCCUGAGUCUGUAUUUCAUGAUGAUUGUAUCGGAGCUGUCCGUUCUGCUGCUGUUGAUGAAGUAGGCAUUUCCAAGAUCAUGGAUAUGAAAAGUGGUGCUGGUCAUGAUGCAGCCUGGGUCAGCAAGGUUGUCAAAAGUAGCAUGAUAUUCGUUCCUUCAAAGGACGGAAUCAGCCACAAUCCUGCAGAGUAUACGAGCCCUGAAGAUUGUUCCCUGGGAGGGCAGAUAUUACUACAGGCCUUGCUGCUAUACGAUGACGAUGUUAAGAACGGAUCUCUCUCCUAG